CAAUGGGAUUAGAUAUCAAUUUAUUAAGAGAAGACAAAGGUGGAAACCCUAAUUUAGUGAAGGAAUGGUGUUAAAAGAGAUUUUAAGAUCCAGCAAUAGUUGAUAAGGUUAUAGCUCUUGAUUAAGAAUGGAGAAAAGGUACUCAAGUUUUUAAAUGAAUUUUUAGCAAGAUUUAAUCUUGAUCAACUCAACAAAGAAUAUGGUAUUGCCAACAAGAAGAUUGCUGAAAAGAAAAAGGCCAAUAAAUAAGACCCAUGUGUUGAGGAAGUAGAAUAAGCCAAAGAAAUAGAUCUUAAAAUUAAAGAAGCUUAAAAAGUAAGACAUUUUAUCUAAUAUCUAGAUUGAAUAAGAAUAAGAGAAAAUCUUAACCUAAACACUUAACAAAAUUGGAAAUUUAGUCCAUGAAUCAGUACCAGUAUCCAAGGAUGAAGCUUAAAAUAAAAUUGAAGUAACAUGGGGCUAAAUUCCUAACAUUCAAGUCAAUAGUACUCCAGGCAGAUGUCACCAUCAUGAAAUCUUGUUUAUGAUUGAUGGUGUUGACCUUAAGAGAGGCUCUAAAAUAGCUGGUCACAGAGCCUAUUUCCUUAAGGGACCAGGUCUCCUUUUGAAUUAAGCUCUGGUAAGCUAUGGAAUUCAAUUCCUCAAUUAAAGAGGUUAUACCCCAGUCUAAACACCCUUCUUCAUGAAAAAAACUUGUAUGUCAGAGACAGCUUAAUUGUCUGAUUUUGAUGACCAAUUGUACAAAGUACGAACAAUUUUUUGUAUAAUUUGAUAGGUUACUGGUAAUCCAGAUGAUGAAGAUCUUUAUCUUAUCGCAACAUCAGAAUAGCCUAUUUCUGCUAUGUAUAGAAAAGAAUGGUUAGAACCUAAAGAUCUACCAAUAAAAUAUGGUGGUAGUUCAACUUGUUUUAGAAAGGAGGCUGGAGCUCAUGGUAAAGAUGUAUGGGGAAUAUUCAGAGUUCAUCAAUUUGAAAAGAUUGAGCAAUUUGUUAUUUGCCCACCUGAAGAAUCAUGGAAAUUCCACGAAGAAAUGAUUACUGCUGGAUAAGAUUUUGUGAAAUCUUUAGAAUUACCUUAUAGAGUAGUCAAUAUAGUUUCUGGAGCAUUAAAUGAUGCUGCAGCCAAAAAAUAUGAUUUGGAAGCUUGGUUCCCAGGAUAUAAAGAUUAUAGAGAAUUAUAAUCUUGUUCAAAUUGUCUUGAUUAUUAAUCAAGGGCUCUUGAAAUUCGUUUUGGUGCUAAGAAAGGGGAUGAGAAAGAGAAGAAGUAUGUACAUAUGCUUAAUGCAACAUUAUGUGCAACUGAAAGAACCUUGUGUUGUAUUUUGGAGAAUUAUUAAACAGAAACUGGAGUUAAAGUCCCUGCUGUUUUAGUAAAUGAUUAAAACAAUAUUUUUAGUAACCAUUUGUCGGCAAGGAUUUCAUUCCUUACGUUAAACCAUUGCCUAAGAAAGAAGAUCUUGGUGCAUGAA